GACAAGGGGCAGUCGGCGGAGCGCUGCGCGCCGGGCGUUUGAUCCGAUGAAGCCCGGCUUGGGAUUUAUUCGGGAGCCGGCCACUCGCUCAGCUGCCUUCCUGCCGGCACCGAGCGGGAGGAGAUGGGGAAUUCGCUGGGCUGCGUUAAAGAGCAGAAGGAAAAAGCUGUGGGGAAGGCGCCGCUGUCUCCCAAAAAAAGGGUGCGCUUCAAAAGGAGGAGGAGAGGGAAGAGGAGAGCGAUGCCGGAGGCAGCCCCGCAGGAGGAGCCCCCGGCGCUGGAGGUGGCCGAGGAUGAGGAGGCGCCCAAAUCGAAGGCAGCCCCUGGGCAGGAGGGAAGAGAGGAGCCCCCCGGCAGCCGGCCCCGAGGCGGGGACCCCGAUCCGGCAGCGCUGCGCCCCGGGAUCAUCGUGCAGGUGAAGGAGCGCUUCCAGGGGGAGGUGCAGAAAGCGCGCCUGGUGCUGGAGCCGCAGCGGCCGGGUGUGGCGGGAGCAUCCCGGGAGGAAGGCACCACCGUCAUCGCCCGCCUGCUGGAGAACCCGGCCGAGAAGGACUGCGAGAAGGCGGUGAGCCGGCUGGUCGAGCUGCAGAGGAGCGGCAGCUGCCGGGCCGUGCUGCUGCCGCUGCGCGCCGGGACCGAUGGCCGUGCCGGGGGACUCCUGUCCCCGAGCAGCGCCGUGUCCGGCCAGGAUCCAGCGCCCAGCCGGGAGCCGGAGGCCGGCAGCGCCGUGGAUGCCUGGGGGAAAGGAGGCAGCGAUGAUCCCAGCUCCAGCGCCGCGUGGACGUGCUCCUCCGCAGCAGAGCCGGGCACCGUGUCCGAGCUGUCCACGCCGUCCCCCAUGGUGGAUCAGCUGGAAAACCCCGGCGUGGGGAGAAGCUCAGGGUUGCCGUCGUCCUCUGGGGCUGGGGAGGGAGAUGGUCACGGGCUGCCGGCUUCCCGCAGCCCGUCCUCCUUCAGCGGCAGCGCGGCCCGGAGCUCCUCGGGGUACGGCAGCGACCGGCCGGCCAAGGGCACAGGAGGUGGCGGGACCACGGUGUCACCCUCUGAUGGUGGCCUCAGGCUCGCUGUGGAGGGCCGGGCUUGGAGGGGGAGCUCGGGGACAGCCGGAGCAAUGAUCUCUGACAUCUACAUCAGUGGGGAGCUGGGGGAUAUGUCAGCCAAGGAGAAGCUCCUGCUGUGGACACAGAAGGUGACAGCAGGUUACAUCGGGUUGAAGUGCACCAACUUCUCCUCCUGCUGGAGCGAUGGCAAGAUGUUCAACGCCCUCAUCCACAGAUACAGGCCGGAUCUGGUGGACAUGGAGAGGGUGCAGAUCCAGAGUAACCGGGAGAACCUGGAGCAGGCCUUCGAGAUCGCCGAGCGCCUGGGUGUCACUCGGCUGCUGGAUGCUGAAGACGUGGACGUUCCCUCUCCAGAUGAGAAAUCUGUGAUAACUUACGUGUCUUCAAUCUACGAUGCCUUUCCCAAAGUCCCCGAGGGAGGAGAAGGGAUCAGCGCCAUUGAGGUGGAUUCGAGGUGGCUGGAGUACCAGACCCGUGUGGAGUCCCUCAUCUCGUGGAUCAAGCAGCACACGAUACUCAUGUCAGACAAAUCCUUCCCCCAGAACCCUGUAGAGCUAAAGGCACUUUAUAACCAGUACAUACACUUCAAAGAAACUGAAAUCCCAGCGAAAGAGCAGGAAAAAGGACAGAUAGAGGAGCUCUACAAACUGCUAGAGGUCUGGAUUGAAUUUGGACGCAUCAAGUUGCCCCAGGGCUACCACCCCAACGAUGUGGAGGAGGAGUGGGGCAAGCUCAUCAUUGAGAUGCUGGAACGUGAGAAGCUCCUGCGGCCGGCGGUGGAGAGGCUGGAAUUGCUGCUACAAAUCGCUAACAAAAUCCAGAAUGGUGCUCUGAGCUGUGAAGAGAAGCUCACCCUGGCGAAGAACACGCUACAGGCUGAUGCUGCUCACCUGGAGUCGGGCCAGCCAGUGCAGCACGAGUCCGACGUGGUGGUGUACCUGCAGGAGAGCGAGGGGCUCAUCCGCCAGCUCCAGGUGGACGUGCAGAUCCUCCGGGACGAGAACUACUACCAGCUGGAGGAGCUGGUGUUCAGGAUCAUGAGGCUGCAGGACGAGCUGGUGACACUGAGGCUGGAGUGCACCAACCUGUACAGGAAGGGCCACUUCUCCACCCUGGAGCUGGUGCCCACGUCCACUCUGAGCACAACACACUUGAAGGGCGAGUCCCUGACCAAGGGGCUCCACACCUCCUCGGCCUCCUGGUUCAGGAAGCCAAUGACCAGGACAGAGCUGGUGGCCAUCUCCUCCUCUGAAGAUGAAGGCAGCCUCCGCUUCGUCUACGAGCUGCUGGCCUGGGUGGAGGAGAUGCAGAUGAGACUGGAGCGGGCAGAGUGGGGCACUGACCUGCCAAGCGUGGAAUCCCAGCUGGAGACCCAGAGGCACAUCCACGCCAGCGUGGAGGACCUGGGCUCCAGCGUGAAGGAGGCCAGGAUGUAUGAGGGUAAAAUGUCCCCGAAUUUCCGCGCGAGCUACACGGAGACUCUGGGCAAGCUGGAGACUCAGUACUGCAAACUGAUGGAAACCUCGAGCUUCAGGCUGAGGCACCUCCAGAGCUUGCAUGGAUUCGUGUCCCGGGCCACUGCUGAGCUGAUCUGGCUGAAUGAGAAGGAGGAGGAGGAACUGGCCUACGACUGGAGUGACAACAACCCCAACAUUGCAGCCAAGAAGAAUUACUUCUCAGAGCUGACAGCAGAGCUGGAAGAGAAGCAGGACAUCUUCCGUUCCCUCCAGGACACGGCUGAGCUGCUCUCCCUGGAGAACCACCCGGCCAAGCAAACCGUGGAGGCCUACAGCGCUGCUGUGCAUACCCAGUGGCAGUGGAUCAAGCAGCUCUGCCUGUGCGUGGAGCAGCACGUGAAGGAGAACGCUGCCUAUUUCCAGUUCUUCAGCGACGCCCGGGAGUCGGAGACGUACCUGCGGAACCUGCAGGACUCCAUCAAAAGGAAAUAUUCCUGCGACCACAACACGAGCCUGACACGGCUGGAGGACCUCCUGCAGGACUCCAUGGAUGAGAAGGAGCAGCUGAUCCAGUCCAAGAGCUCGGUCGCCAGCCUGGUGGGACGGUCCAAAACCAUCGUCCAGCUGCGGCCCAGGAACCCUGAGCACGCUGUCAAGAGCACCAUCCCCAUCAAGGCUGUCUGUGACUACAGGCAGAUCGAGAUCACCAUCUGCAGGAACGACGAGUGUGUCCUGGAGGACAAUUCCCAGAGGACCAAGUGGAAGGUGAUCAGCCCCACAGGGAAUGAGGCCAUGGUGCCUUCUGUCUGCUUCCUGAUCCCCCCACCCAACAAAGAGGCCAUCGAGAUGGCCAACAGGGUGGAGCAGCUGUACCAGAAAGUGAUGGCUCUCUGGCACCAGCUCCACAUGAACACAAAGAGCCUCAUCUCCUGGAACUACCUGAGGAAGGACAUAGCCCUGGUGCAGAGCUUCAGCAUGGAAAAGCUGAGAUCCUUGGCUCAAGGGGAGUGUCAGCAAGCCCUGAAGAGCCUGCAGGCCCACUACGAGGAUUUCCUGCAGGACAGCCGCGACUCAGAGCUGUUCUCCGUGUCGGACCGGCUGCGCCUGGAGGAGGAAGUGGAGUCUUCCAAGGAACACAUCCGGCAGCUGCUGGAGUCCAUGGAGAACGAGGACAAGGAUGAGACCGUUGCCAGGACGUACCUGUCCGAGCUGAAGAACAUCCGCCUGCGGCUGGAGGAGUGCGAGCAGCGGCUCGUGAGCCGCAUCCAGUCCCCGAGCAGCGCCCGGGCAGACGGUGACACCAUCCAGGAGAACGCCCUCCGUGUCGCAGAGCAGGAGCGCACGCAGGAGGAUCUGCAGCAGCUGCAGUCGGAGCUGCGGGUUGUGUCCGAGAGGUGCUACAGCUUCCUGGACAAAGCUCCUGCCGGGCCCAGCACGCCCCUCCUGCGUUCAGAGCUGGACUUGGUGGUGAACAAGAUGGAGCAGACACAUGGGCUGUCUUCCAUCUACCUGGAAAAGUUGAAGACGGUUGACAUCAUCAUCCGCAGCACCCAAGGAGCAGAAUCCCUGGUCAAAGGCUACGAGGUGAAGCUGAGCCAGGAGGAGGCUGUUCCUGCUGACCUGGCGGCCAUUCAGACCCACAGGACAACCUUGCAGCAGUGGCUGGGGGAGGUGAAGGACAAGGGCUCCGUGUUCUCCACGCUGGAGGAGGAGAUGGUGAAGGCGAAGGAGGUGGGGGAGCAGCUCUUCAGGCUGAGGCAGGAGCGCAGCAUCGACCUGGAGCGCUUCCAGGAGAAGGGGAGCCAGCUGUGGGAUCGCUGGCAGCGAGUCUGCGCCCAGAUCGAGACCCGCCACACGGAGCUGGAGAGCAUCCAGGAGGUGCUGAGCGAUUACCGGCAGUGCCACAGCGCCCUGAUCCAGUGGAUUGAGGAGAUCACAGCCCAGCAGGAGCUGAUGAAGCCUGGCCAGGCUGAGGACAGCCGGGUGCUGUCGGAGCAGCUCAGCCAGCAAACGGCUUUGGCUGCAGAAAUUGAGAAAAACCAAGCCAAGCUGGACCAGUGUCAGAAAUUCUCCCAGCAGUACUCGGCUGCCGUCAAGGACUAUGAGCUGCAGCUGAUGACCUACAGGGCCUUUGUGGAGUCGCAGCAGAAGUCGCCCAUGAAGCGCCGGCGGAUGCUCUCCUCCUCAGAUGCCAUCACCCAGGAGUUCAUGGAUUUGAGGACUCGCUACACAGCCCUGGUGACUCUGACCACCCAGCAUGUGAAGUACAUCAGCGACGCGCUGCGGCGGCUGGAGGAGGAGGAGAAAGUGGUGGAGGAGGAGAAGCAGGAGCACGUGGACAAGGUGAAGGAGCUCCUGGGCUGGGCCCUGGGCUUGAAGCAGAGUGUGCAGGGCAGGGCAGCUGCUGCUGGGAGCAGAGAGCUGGGAGACCUUGAGAAAUCCAUCUCAGAGCAGCAGGCCCUGAACGAGGAGCUGACUGCGAAGAAGGAGCAGGUGUCUGAGGCCAUCAAAACUUCCCAAAUCUUCCUGGCAAAACACAGCCACAAGCUUUCCCAACCAGAAAAGGACCAGAUUUCUGCUCAGAUUGGUGCUCUCAAGGAAACCUACCAGGCUCUCUGCAGCAACUCCACGGAGCAGCUCCAGCAGCUGCAGAGCCAGCUGGCUCAGGAGACAGAGCACAAGGGCAGCGGAGCCGUGGCAGGAGUGAUCGAUCUUGGCACAGUAGAAAUAUUCCCUGUCUUUGGUGCCAUGCAGAGAGGUCUUAUAGAUCAGGACACAGGCCUGGUCCUCCUGGAGGCCCAGGUGAUCUCCUCUGACUUAGUUGUCCCAGAGACCAGUGAGAAACUCUCCUUGGAGAAAGCUCUGGCAAGAAACAUCAUUGAUCUCAGGGCAUUCCAGGUGCUGCAGGAAUUGAAGGAUGCUCUCCAGCAGGUGAAAGAAGUCAGAUGUGAAGGGAGGCAGCUCCUCCCCGUCGUUGCUGCCAUAGAAGAGGGGAGGAUCAGUGAGAGCAUUGGGCUGAAGAUUCUUGAGGUUGAGCUCAUCACUGGGGGCUUUAAAUUCCAGCAGGGCAGAAUCAGCAUGGAGACAGCAGUGCAAGAAAGUCUCCUUCCCCCCCAACUUCACUCCAGGCUCCUGUCUCACCUGGAAGGUGGCAAGGACUUGAUUGACCCCAACACUGCUGAGAAGAUCAGUCUGCCUGAGCUCCUGGACAGGUGCAUCAUCCACCAAGAGACCGGGCUGAGGCUGCUCCCAGUCAGGCAGCUGGCAGGUGGGAUGGUGAGCUUGAGGUCAGGCAGGGAGGUCAGCAUCUUCCGUGCAGUCCAGGAGGGGCUGAUAGACAGGCAGGUGACCGUCAGGUUGCUGGAAGCUCACCUUUUUGCUGGUGGCAUUGUUGACCCCAGGACAGGACACAGGCUGACCUUGGGGGAGGCUGUCAGGCAUAAUUUGGUUGACCAGGAUUUGGCCUGCACGCUUCUGCUCCGGCAGCUCCAGACGGGUGGGAUCGUGGACACCACCACGGGGGAGAGGCUGACCAUGGAUGAAGCCCUCAGGAAGGGUUUGGUAGCUCCAAAGAUGGCACUGCUGGUCCUGGAAUCCCUGUGGUCCUUCAUGGGGCUGCUGUGGCCAGAGACAGGGGAGAUCAUCCCUGUUGCAGACGCUUUGGAGCAGGGGAUCCUCUCCCCGGAGCUGAUUGAGGAGGCUCUCAGCAAGAGGCAGCUCCUUCAGGCUGUUUUUAUCCCAGGAAACACAGAGGUGGUGUCCUGGCAGAAGGCAGUGGAGCAGGGCAUCCUGGAGAGAGAGGUGGUGAAGAAGCUGGAAUCAACAGCCAUGCCUGAUGUCCUGGCCAGCGUGCAGCUCCCUGGAUCUCCAAGCAGGAGCUCCCCUGGAAGGAGCCCCACAGGUCAGGAGGAGCCUGUGCUAGGGGGUGAUGAUGAAAGGCUGAUGUUCCACUUGAUGACCCACAGCUACAUCAACAUCCACGAUGGCCACAAGGUGCUGUUAGUGGAUGCAGAGUUGAACAAUGUCACUAAAGCUCUCAUCCAAAGCCAAGAAAACGGAUCCCGUGCACAGGUGUUGGAAGGCUUUGAGGAGACAGAGGCAGCUCUUGAAAGUGAACCUUGCAAUGGUUUGGCUUUGCAGCAGCUUCAGCUUCAAUUUGCUCCUUCAAAAGAUGAAAGUGAUAAGAUCCUACCACCCAGAGCUGCUUUGGAGAAUGGGGAGGUGGUGGUGGGACCUGAAAGUCUCCCCUUGGAGGAUGCAGAGGAUUUCCUGCAUGUGGAAGAGCAGGAGCAGAUUUCCACUGAACUGGAGACCAUGAGGAGUGAAACUGAUGCUGAAUUUGGAAAAGAACAGGUCACUUUUACAACCAAGGAUAAACAUGAGGUAAAAUUAUUGAUGCCAGAGCCUCCCAGUGACCUGGGUAGUGGAUUAAUCAGAGAAACAGAGGAAAUGAUGAUUGAGGCAGAAGAAGAGUCCAAGCCUCCUGCAGCAGAUGGAGUGGAAGGUCCUGAAUAUCAGAAGAGGGCAUUGGAAAGUGGGGCAGUGGUUGUGAAAAGUGAAAUCUGCAUAAAAAUGGGUGCUCCAGAAAGUAGAGACAGACUGAAAAUCGUGGCAGAGAGGUCUCAGGGUGUGAGGGAACCUGAAGGAGAGGCAGAAGAUGUGAGAGAGGUUCAUUUGCUAAAGGAGGGAGCAGUUGAAAAUGGUUUGCUGGGAGGAGAGGAGGUUGAGCUCCCUGCACGUGGGGAGGCAGCACCAGCAGAGACACAAAGCAAGGACGUGGAAACUGUGUUGAAAGUGGAAGAAGGAGAGCAGGAAGAAGUGUUGGGUGAUGAGGACAUGGAGGAACAUGAGGAACCAUCCCUGCCAGCCCCUGAGGAAGCAGAGGACACUUUGGAAAAGCUCCUGAUGCAGCUCCAAAAGGGUGGCAUCACCCACGAGCAGACAGGCAGGACCCUGCUGCUGGACGAGGCAGUGGCCUCUGGGGUGGUGUCUGGCCACACAGCUGUGAAACUCAUGGAGAGGAUGAAGAUGUUCAGUGGCUUCUUUGACUCUCAGGUGUGUGAGCCCUUGACCACUGAGGACGUGAUUGAAGAAGGUCUGAUGGAUGAGAAGCUGCUCCAGAAGGUCCUCACGUCUGACAGAGCCAUAAGUGGUGUCCUUGACCCAGGCAACAACUUUGUCUACUCCAUCAAGGAUGCUGCUGCUGUUGGCCUUCUGGACAAGGAGACAGCGAUGAGGAUCUUGGAAGGGCAGGUGGUUACAGGGGGGAUUGUUGACUUGAAACGUGGCAAAAAAGUGUCAGUGACUUUGGCUUCAAACCUGGGCCUCAUAGAGCCAACCAGUCAGACAGAGCUGGUGAAGCUGGAGAAGGCUUCCAAGGGGAAAGGCACUGAUGAGGUCACCAGGCAGAAACUCAUUAAUUUACAGGCUGAGACCAGUGGGAUUGUGGAUCCUGAAAGCAAACGGCCUCUGACUGUGGCAGAGUCUGUUGAAAAGGGGCUCCUGGAGAAGGAAAAAGCUUUUCAGCUCUUGACCAAGCAGGUUGCUGAGGGAGGAAUCAUCCAUCACGUGUCCGGGAUGAGGCUUUCAGUGGACAACGCCAUGAAACACGGUUUGAUCAAUCCAGAUCUGUGCAAGGAGCUCAGGAAAGCUGAAAGUGUGGUCCUGCAGGACUUUGUCCAUCCAGCCACAAAGGAGAAGCUGACCUUGCCCCAGGCAGUGUCGCUGGGGCUCGUUAGCCCAGAAUUCCAGAGGAAAGUGCAGGAAAUCCAGGCUGAGAGCGGAACCGUUCUCGAUCCAGCUUCUGGCCAGCGACUGGCACUGAGCCAGGCAGUGCAGGAGGGCUUGGUGCCCCAGCAGGUGGUGCAGAAAGUCCUGUCAUCUUCAGAAAUGACAGAAGGAAUUGUAGACCCCGAGACCUGCAAGAUUGUUCCCUACUCAGAGUUCCUGAAGAAGUGUAAAAUCGAUAUUGAAUCCGGCCAGAGGUACCUGGAGGUCCAUCCCUUCCAGGCAGUCAGGGAUGAGGUGACAGGGGCCAAGCUGCCAUGUGCUGAGGCAGUGAGGCUGGGGAAGGUGGACCCCCUGCCCACCCUGAGGCUGCUGCAGGCACAGGCAGACUCUGGAGGGGUGGUGGAGGGCACUGUCAGCCAGAGGCUGUCCCUGAGGGCAGCUGUGGAGCAGGGGAUGCUGGAUGAGGCCAUGGCCAAAGUCAUCGCCACCAACCAGAUCAGGGCUGGGGGAAUUGUUGAUGCCCCUGGUGGGAAAAGAUUGACUGUGAAGGAAGCUGUUGGAAAAGGACUGAUUAGCCAAAAAUUAGCUGCUGGUCUUCGGGAUGUGCAAAUAUCCGAAGAGAAAGUUGGUUCUGAGGUCUUCAAAGUAGAAAAAGUGCAACUUUUGCGGGAAAAAAUGGAAAAACUAUCUCCAAAAGAGGGUGUCAUCCUCCCUGCCAGAUCUGCCAGGUCUGAUGGUGCUGAGCCCAAAGCUCAAGCUGAAGCUGUUGACACAGCUCAGAGUGCAGCUGCUGCCGCUGAGAAAUCCCCCAAAGCACGGACUGAAAGGAAAUUAAAACCCCAGGAAGCUUCAGAGGGUGCUGUCCAUCCCCAAGAGGAACAUCAUCAUCAUCAUCACCCCCAGGCAAAGGCUGAGGUGACCCCAGAGCACCCCUCAGUGCUGGGGACAGUGUCUCUCCCUGAAGAGGCAGUGGUGGCAGGGGCUGUGGAAAAAGGGAUCCCAAAAGGCAGCUCCCAGGUGAGAGCAGCCCAGGGCAGGGAAACGAGGGAAGAAGUGGAUGGAGGGACAGAGAAAAUAGAGAGACUGGGCUUGGAGAAGGAGCAGCUGUUCUUGGGCACAGAGGUGCUUUACAAGGAGGAGGAUGCUGAGGAGAGGAGGAGGAGGAGAGAGUCUGUAAGUGCAGAGGGAGUUGUGGCAGGUGGAGAAGGUGCAGUGGUGACUUCUGGGCAAGGAGAGAGAGUGACCAGAGUGGUCCAGGAGACACCAGCAGCCCCGAGGGAAUCUGUCAGUGUGGGCCCAGGGAAGGGAGGGAUGGGAGAGCCCCCUGAGGUUGGAGUUCCUGUGGGAGAUGAGCUUGCAGGGGAAAAAGCUGUGAAACACACAGAAAGAGAAACCUCUGGCACAGAAGGUGCCAUUGAUCAGGAAAAAACAAGUGAAACUGAGCUGAAACCUACCCAGAAAAAGAAAAGCAAGAAAAAGAAAGCAAAGCAGGGCAGCAUUCCAGGAGACAGCGCUCAGCCAGAGAAACCUGCAGAGAAGCAGCUCCUUCCUUCUCUGGUUUCCCAUGAAAUUCCAAGGAAAAAGGGUGAGGAGGAGCACUUUGUCUCCAGGGAGCCAAAACAUGAAUCCAGCACUGAGGCUGCUGCUGGGCUGGCACAAGACACAGCCAAGCACAAGGGUGGAAGAGGAAAGAAAACAAUUCCUGGGAAGGACAGAGAAACCUCCAGAGAGGAUCAGGUGUUCCCUGUGCCCCCCAAGCACGGGGAAGCUCGAGAGGUGGUGAAAGCUGGGACCAAGGAUGGUCAGGAUUCCUUGGUGGCCCUGAGUCUGGAGGAAAGGAUGGCUCAGGAAGACAUCAGGGUGGAAACCACCCAGGAUGUGCCCAGCACAGCCCCCGUGGCACAGGAGCUGCCCCUUGACUUAAUUAUCAGAGAGGAACCCGCAGAAAUUCAGGAAACCUCCGCAGAACUUGGAGAGGAGAAGCAGCAUGAGCAAAGAGCUGAGCUCAGAGCAGAGCAAGGAGGUGCCCCUGCUCCCCCAAAAUGCCAAGAAGAACCCCCCCAGGAGAGGAGCAAGCAGCCAGGUCCAGGUGAUCGGGGUUUGCUCUUACCUGUGAUCGUGGAGGGGGAGCUGCUGGAGACCUCGAGGGAGUCCACGAGGCCAGCCCAGAUCAAGUUCAGCAAGAAGAUGUGUCUGGAGCAUGACCAGAGGCUGAUUUCUUAUCUCUCCAUGCUCCGAGACAUCGAGAUGAGAAUCAAACGCGUGCAGCCAGCAGAGCAGAAUUUGGCAGCCCUGCAGGACCUGAGGCAGCAAGCAGAGGCUCUGGGCUCUGAGCUGCAGGAGCUGAGCUUCCCAGUGAAUCAGGAGCUGGAUGCUGUGCAGAGGAUUGUGGCCAACCCUCCUGAAGAAGUCCCUGAGCAGUUACUGAAGGCUUUGGAGAAGGAUGCCAAGAACCUCCAGAAGUCUCUGAGCUCUGCGAGUGAAGUCCUGCAGUCCCGGCUGCAAAACCUUCGUGGGGCGGCAGAAGCCGAAAAGGCUAAAAUCCUGGCCCAUCACGAGACUCUUGAGGGCAAGCUGCAGGAGCUGCUGAGCUGGGUGUCUGGCACCACGGAGUCUCUGGAUGACAGCGAUUUCCAGCAGGCCAGCGAUGCCAGCAGCUUGAGUCGCUGCCUGCAGCACUACAAGGAGCUGAAGGAGCCCCUUGCUGACACCAAGGCUGAGCUGGACGCCACUGCCUUUGACAUCCAGUUCCUCAUCUCGGAGCACGCCCAGGAUUUAACCCCCCAGCAGAGCAGGCAGCUGCUGAGGCUGCUCAAUGAGCUGCAGAAAGCCUUCAGGGACCUGUCAGAGCGUGUGACAGCGCGGGUGGAGGUGCUGCAGCUCUGUCUCCAGCAAGUGGAGCAGACGGAGCAGGUGAAGACGCUGCAGGAGCAGCAGGCAGCCCGGGCACAGAGCCUGGCUGAGCUGAGCCGCUGGCUGGGCCAGGCAGAGAACACCCUGGCAGAGCAGCAGAGAGCAGAAGGGGACCUGUCUGCCUUGCAGCAGAGGCAAAGCGACGUAAAGGAGCUGCAGAGGAGCAUGCACAGCAGAGCCGCCUCCUUUGCUGGUGUCCUGAAGAGCACAGAGCAGUUUUUGGAGGAGAACAAGGCCAAGCUGGAGCCUGGGGAGCUGGCAGCACUGCAGCAGGACCUGCAGCGUGCCAAGGAGCAGUACCAGUCCCUGCAGGAGAGGACAGAGGUGGCCCAGAAGGAGCUGGAGAGUGCUGUGAGUGCUGCAGUGCAGCAGCAGACUGAGAAGGUGAAAGCUGCCAAAGAGCUGGAGGAGAACAGCAAUAAGAUCGAUUCCCUUUUGAGCUGGGUGGCAUCGCUGGAGCAGAAGGGAGGGCUCCCAGAGUACAGACCCCACCCUGUCCAUCAAGGCACAGGGACACAAGCAGGAAAAAGCACUGGGGAUGUCCCUGAUGGCCACACUGUGGGAGCAGACAGUGCUGCUGAGAGCCUGGACGAGCAGUACGAGAGGCUGAAGGCGCAGCACCAGGAGCUGCUGUCCCAGCAGCAGGACAUCAUCCUGGCCACGCAGGCAGCCCAGGCUUUCCUGGACAAGCAGGGGCCCAGCCUGGCUGGGGAGGAGAGGGAGCGGCUGCAGGAGCAGCUGGCGGAGCUGCGGGAGCGGUACCCGGCGGCGCUGGCGCGCGCGGAGGCGCGGCUGAAACGGGCGCAGCUCCUGCGGGAGGAGCUCCAGAAGUUCCUGAAGGACCACGGAGAGUUCCAGGCCUGGCUGGAGCAGGCAGAGCAAGACCUGCAGGGGAUGUACAAAGGGGACGGUGACCCUGCCUCCCUCCGGCAGCUGCUGCGGCGGCAGGGCAGCUUCUCGGAGGAUGUGAUCUCCCACAAGGGUGAUCUGCGCUUCGUCACCAUGUCGGGGGAGAAGUUUCUGGAUGGGGAUGCUGGGGAUGCUGAAUCCCAGCUGUUGAUGUCCAGGAGUGUGGUCAAGAGCAAGCUGGAGGAUGCCACGCAGAGGUACACCACGCUGCACUCCAAGUGCUCCAAGCUGGGCUCCCACCUGAACACCUUGCUGGAUCACUACCAGCAGUUCCAGGAGGUGGCAGAGUCUCUCAGGACGUGGCUGCAGGAGAGUGAAGCUGCCCUGGGGAAGCUGCUCUCAGAGACGGUUUCCUCAGAUGUGGCCAUGCUGCAGAAGCAGCUCACCAGCACCAAGCAACUGCAGGGAGACCUGGCUGAGCACCAGGUGCCAGUGGAGAAGCUCCAGAAAGCAGCUCGGACCCUGCUGGACAUCCAAGGGGAGCCAGCCCCAGACCACGGCCACAUUCAGGAAACAACAGCUGCCAUCGUGAGCCGCUUCCAGAGCCUCUCCCAGCAGAUGUCGGAGCGCUCGGACCUGCUGCAGAAAUCCAUUGCUCAGUCCCAGAGCGUCCAGGAGAGCCUGGAGAGCCUCCUCCAGUCCGUGGCUGAGAUUGAGAAGAGCCUGGAGAAGGACCAGCCAGCCAUGCUCUCCUCUGCCUCCAUCCAGGACUCGCUUGCCACGAGUGUGAAGCUGAAGCAGGACAUUGCCAGGCAGAGGAGCUGCCUGGAAGCCACCCGGGAGAUGGUGACACGCUUCACCGAGGCGGCCGACAGCCCCGCCGCCUCUGCCCUGCAGGACAAGCUGGCCCAGGUGACAGAGCACUUCGGGAGGCUGUGCCAGCAGCAGCAGGAGAGGGAGGACGCCCUCAAGGGCCUCCUGCCCAAGGUGGAGCAGUACGAGCAGCUGUGGGAGAAGCUGCAGCAGUUCACGGAGAGCAGGACGCGGAUGCUGGCGUCCGGGAAUCAGCCGGACCGCGACAUCGCUCGCUUCUCCCAGCACGUCCAGGAGCUGAACUCGGAGAUGAGGCAGCACCAGGAGGACCUGGCCACCCUGGAGCACCUGGCUGAGGAGCUGAGCUCCUGUGGCUUCACCCCCAGCUCCUCCCAGCAGCAGGAGAAGCUGCAGAGCCUGAAGAAAGACUUCCUGCAGCUACAAAAGGUGGCAAAGGACAGAGAAAAGGAUGCAUCAUCCUGCCAGGAGCAGCUGGACGAGUUUCGGAAUCUGGUUGGUGCCAUGAGGAAGUGGCUGAGGGAGAGUGAAGGCAAAAUUCCACCUGCUGAGACCUCCCUGGGCACCCAGGAGCUGCAGCAGCACAGGCAGCAGAUCCAGGAUCUCCUGGAGGAAUGGAAAGGGAAGGGGCCCCAGGUGGAGGAGAUUGGCCGCAGAGGGACCCUCCUGGAGAACCUGAUCGUGGAGAUUACGGCCCCCAACACCCCGCCCAAGGCAGGUGCCACUCUGCCCACUCCAGGAGGCUCGGGAGGCAGCGUGAACGGAUACCACACCUGCAAAGAUCUGACGGAGAUCCAGUGCGACGUGUCGGACGUGAGCCGGCGGUACCAGGCGCUGGGUGCAGCGCUGCAGGAGCGCCUGCAGCAGCUCUCAGCCAUGCUGGACAGGAUGCAGGAGGUGCAGGAGGAGGCCAGCUCCAUGCUCAAGUGGCUGGAGUCCAAGGAAAGGGUGCUGUCCGAGCUGGAUGCCUCCUCCUCGCCCACCAAGACGGAGACGAUGAGAGCCCAGGCUGAGCACAACAAGGCAUUUCUGGCUGAAUUGGAACAGAAUUCUGGGAAGAUCCAGAAGGUAAAGGAAGCACUUUCUGGCUUGCUGGAGAAAUAUCCAGAUUCCCCAGAAGCAGCGAACUGGAAGAAGAUGCAGGAAGACCUGAACUGCAGGUGGGAGAGGGCCAGCCAGGCCACGGCCGCGCGGCAGCAGAAGCUGGAGGAGUCGGCGACCCAGCUGGCCACGUUCCAGGCCACCGAGGCCCAGCUGAGGCCCUGGCUGAUGGAGAAGGAGCUGAUGAUGAGCGUGCUGGGCCCCCUGUCCAUCGACCCCAACAUGCUGAACGCUCAGAAGCAGCAGGUGCAGUUUAUGCUGAAGGAAUUCGAAGCUCGCCGACAGCAGCACGAGCAGCUCAACCAGGCAGCUCAGAGCAUCCUGACUGGCCCUGGAGAUGUUUCCCCAUCCACCAGCCAGGUGCAGGAGGAGCUCCAAGGGGUCAACCAGAAAUGGUCCGAGCUCACCGAGCGCCUCAACUCCCGCUCCAGCCAGAUUGACCAAGCCAUAGUAAAGAGCACCCAGUACCAGGAGCUUCUCCAGGGCCUCUCGGAGAAGGUGAAGGCUGUUGGGCAGCGCCUGAGCAGCCAGUCUGCCAUCAGCACCCAGCCUGAUGCUGUCAAACAGCAGCUGGAGGAGACCAGCGAGAUCCGCUCGGACCUGGAGCAGCUGGAGGAGGAGAUCUCAGAGGCUCAGACCCUCUGUGAUGACCUCUCCAUCCUGAUUGGGGAGCAGUACCUCAAAGAUGAGUUGAGGAAACGUCUGGAGACGGUGGCACUUCCCCUCAAAGGCCUGGAAGAUCUGGCAGCCGACCGGAUGAACCGGCUGCAGACUGCGCUCGCGAGCUCCCAGCAGUUCCAGCACAUGUUUGAUGAACUCAGGACCUGGCUGGAUGACAAAAGGUGCCAGCAAGCCCAGAGCCAACCCAUCUCUGCUAAGCUGGAGAGGCUGCAGAGCCAAAUCCAGGAGCAAGAAGAGUUCCAGAAGAGCCUCAACCAACACAGCGGCUCCUACGAGAUGAUUGUGGCCGAGGGAGAAUCUUUGCUGCUUUCAGUCCAGCCUGGGGAGGAGAAGACCACUCUGCAGAACCAGCUGGUGAGCCUGAAAACACACUGGGAGGAGCUCAGCAAGCAGGCUGCUGACAGGCACUCCAAGCUCAAGGACUGCUUGCAGAAAGCUCAGAAGUACCAGCGGCACGCGGACGACCUCCUGCCCUGGGUGGAGGACUGCAAGGCGAGGAUGGCAGAGCUGGAGGUAACCCUGGAUCCAGUGCAGCUGGAGGCCACUCUUCUGAGGUCCAAGGCCAUGCUGAGUGACGUGGAGAAGCGCCGGUCCCUGCUGGAGAUGCUCAACAGUGCUGCUGACAUCCUGACUGACGCUUCCCAGACAGACGAGGAUGACAUCCGGGAUGAGAAGGCCAGCAUCAACCAGAAGAUGGAUGCCAUCACAGAAGAGCUGCAAACCAAGACUGGCUCCAUUGAAGAAAUGUCCCAGAGGCUCAAGGAGUUCCAGGAGAGCUUCAAGACCAUCGAGAAGAAGCUGGAAGGAGCGAAGCACCAGCUGGAGAUCUACGAUGCCCUGGGGCCACAAGCCUGCAGCAACAAGAAUUUGGAGAAGCUCAGGGCACAGCAGGAGGUGCUGCAGGCCCUGGAGCCACAGGUGGAUUAUCUGAAAAACCUCACUCAAGGUCUGGUAGAAGAUGCUCCAGAUGGAUCUGACUGCUCCCAGCUCCUCAGCCAAGCUGAGGUGGCUCAGCAGGACUUCAAGGCCGUGAAGCAGAAAGUCAGCGACUGCUGCGCUCUCAUGGAGAACAAGCUGGAAGGGAUCGGCCAGUUCAACAGCAGGGUCAGGGAGAUGUUCUCCCAGCUGGCAGACCUGGAUGAUGAGCUGGACAGCAUGGGCCCCAUCGGGAGAGACUCUGACAGCCUGCAGUCCCAGGCCGAGGACGUCCGCGCCUUCCUGGGCAAGCUGCACCGGCUGAAAUGCGACAUCGAAUCCUCGGAGAGCGAGUGCAAGAAAAUGCUGGAGGACGAGGGCAGCCCCGACCUGCUGGGGCUGAGGAGGGAGCUGGAGACGCUGAGCAAGCAGUGCAGCAAGCUGACAGAGAGGGGCAGGAACCGGCAGGAGCAGGUGGAGACCACGCUGUCCCGCGUCGAGGACUUCUACAGCCGCCUGAAGGAGCUGAGCCACAUGACCACGGCGGCCGAGGAGAACGAAGCCUUGCAGUGGGUGGUGGGGACAGAGGUGGAAACCAUCAACCAGCAGCUGGCAGACUUCAAGCAAUUCCAGAAGGAGCAAGUGGAUCCCCUCCAGCUGAAGCUGCAGCAAGUCAAUGGAGUUGGUCAGGGACUCAUCCAAAGUGCCGGGAAAAACUGUGAUGUCCAAGGGCUGGAGCAUGACAUGGAAGAAAUCAACACCCGCUGGAACACCCUCAACAAGAAGGUGGCCCAGCGAGUGGCCCAGCUGCAGGAGGCCCUGUUGCACUGCGGGAAGUUCCAGGAUGCCCUGGAGCCACUGCUGAGCUGGCUGGCAGACACUGAGGAGCUCAUCUCCAACCAGAAACCUCCCUCUGCUGAGUACAAGGUGGUGAAAGCCCAGAUCCAAGAGCAGAAGCUGCUCCAGCGCCUCCUGGACGACCGCAAAGCCACGGUGGAGAUGAUCCAGGCGGAGGGCGACCGGAUCGCGCAGGCGGCCGAGCCCGCGGACCGCGACAAGAUCGUGGGGCAGCUGGAGAGCCUGGCACGGCACUGGGAAGGGCUGCUGGGCAGGGCAGCUGCCAGGCAGAAGCAGCUGGAGGAUAUCUUGGUGCUGGCAAAGCAGUUCCAUGAAACCACGGAGCCCGUGUCCGACUGGCUGUCGGUGACAGAGAAGAAACUGGCCAACUCUGAGCCCAUUGGCACCCAGACUGCCAAAAUCCAGCAGCAGAUCAGCCGCCACAAGGCUCUCGAGGAAGAGAUAGAGAGCCACUCCACCGACGUGUCUCGGGCUCUGGGGGUCGGGCAGUCGCUGUCCUCCCUGAGCUGUGCUGCUGAGCAGAGGCUGCUGGCAGAGAAAUUAGAGGCUCUGCAGAGCCGCUACGGCGAGGUCCGCGAGCGGUGCGGCCGCAAGGCAGCACUGCUGGACCAGGCUCUGGCCAACGCCAGGAUUUUUGGGGAGGAGGAGGUGGAAGUGCUCAACUGGCUGGCUGAGGUGGAGGACAAGCUGGGCUCAGUGUCCGUAAAGGAUUACAAACGGGACGUCCUGCAGAAGCAGCAUGCCGACCAGCUGGCUCUGAAUGAGGAAAUUGUGAACAGGAAGAAGAAUGUGGACCAAGCCAUUAGAAAUGGACAAGCUCUCCUGAAGCAAACCACAGGGGAGGAGGUGCUGCUGAUCCAGGAGAAGCUGGAUGGGAUCAAGACCCGCUACUCCGACAUCACCGCCGCCAGCUCCAAGGCCCUGCGCACGCUGGAGCAGGCCAGGCAGCUGGCCACCAAAUUCCAGUCCACCCACGAGGAGCUCACCGGGUGGAUGAGCAAGGUGGAGGAGGAGCUGGCUUCCAGCGGGGCACAAUCCCCUGCUGGAGAGCAGAUCCCCCAGUUCCAGCAGCGGCAAAAGGAGCUGAAGAAGGAGGUGAUGGAGCACAGGCUCGUCCUGGACACGGUGAACGAGGUGAGCAGGGCUCUGCUGGAGCUGGUUCCCUGGAGAGCCCGGGAGGGGCUGGACAAGCUGGUGUCGGACACCAACGAGCGCUACAAGCUGGUCAGUGACACCAUCAAGCAGAGGGUGGAGGAGAUCGAUGCUGCUAUCCAGAGGUCUCAGCAGUAUGAGCAGGCAGCUGAUGCAGAGCUGGCCUGGGUGGCUGAGACCAAGAGGAAGCUGAUGGCUCUGGGUCCCAUCCGCCUGGAGCAGGACCAGACAACGGCUCAGCUGCAGGUGCAGAAGGCGUUUUCCAUCGACAUCAUCCGGCACAAAGACUCCAUGGAUGAGCUCUUCAGCCAGCGCAGCGAGAUCUUUGGCACCUGUGGUGAGGAACAAAAAGCUGUUCUCCAGGAGAAAACCGAGUCCCUGGUGCAGCAGUAUGAGGCUGUGAGCCAGCUCAACUCGGAGCGCUACGCCCGCUUGGAGCGUGCCCAGGUCCUGGUCAACCAGUUUUGGGAGACCUACGAGGAGCUGAACCCAUGGAUUGAGGAGACCCAAGCCCUCAUCUCCCAGCUGCCACCCCCAGCCAUCGACCACGAGCAGCUCAAGCAGCAGCAGGAUGACAUGAGGCAACUGAGAGAGUCCAUCGCUGAACACAAACCUCACAUCGACAAGCUGCUGAAAAUCGGGCCUCAGCUCAAGGACCUCAACCCUGAGGAAGGGGAGAUGGUGCAGGAAAAAUACUCCAGGGCUGAGGCUUUGUAUGCCAAAAUCAAGGAGGAGGUUUGCCAGCGGGCCCUGGCGCUGGAUGAGGCAUUCUCACAGUCCACCCAGAUUUCGGAGUUCCACGACAAGAUCGAGCCCAUGCUGGAGACCCUGGAGAGCCUCUCCUCCCGCCUGCGGCUGCCGCCCCUGAUCCCCGCCGAGGUCGACAAGAUCCGGGAGUGCAUCAGCGAGAACAAAAACUCCACGGUGGAGCUGGAGAAGCUGCAGCCCUCCUUCGAGGCCCUCAAACGCCGUGGGGAGGAGCUCAUCGCCCGCUCCCAGGGAGCUGAUAAGGACCUGGCAGCCAAAGUCAUCCAGGACAAGUUGGAUCAGAUGGUUUUCUUCUGGGAAGACAUCAAAGCCCGGACCGAGGAACGGGAGAUGAAGUUCCUUGAUGUCCUGGAGCUUGCAGAGAAGUUCUGGUACGACAUGGCAGCGCUCCUGACAACCAUCAAGGACACCCAGGACAUUGUCCACGACCUGGAGAGCCCGGGCAUUGACCCCUCCAUCAUCAAGCAGCAGGUGGAAGCAGCAGAGACUAUCAAGGAGGAGACAGAUGGGUUGCACGAAGAGCUGGAGUUCAUCCGCCUCCUCGGGACUGAUCUGAUCUUUGCCUGUGGUGAGACUGAGAAGCCAGAAGUGAAAAAGAGCAUUGAUGAGAUGAACAACGCGUGGGAAAACCUAAACAAAACAUGGAAGGAGAGGCUGGAGAAGCUGGAGGAAGCCAUGCAGUCAGCUGUGCAGUACCAAGAUACACUCCAAGCCAUGUUUGACUGGCUGGACAACGCUGUGAUCAAACUGUGCAACAUGUCCCCUGUGGGCACCGACCUCAGCACGGUCAAGGAGCAGAUGAACGAGAUGAAGGAGUUUAAAAUGGAGGUUUACCAGCAGCAGAUUGAGAUGGAAAAGCUUAAUCACCAAGGUGAACUGAUGCUAAAAAAGGCUACGGAUGAGACAGACAGAGACAUCAUCAAGGAGCCACUGACUGAGCUCAAACAUCUCUGGGAGAACUUGGGCGAGAAAAUUGCUCACAGACAGCACAAGCUGGAAGCCGCCCUGCUGGCACUGGGCCAGUUCCAGCACGCCCUGGCCGAGCUGAUGGCCUGGCUGACCCACACUGAGGAGCUGCUGGAUGCCCAAAAACCCAUCAAUGGGGACCCAAAAGUCAUCGAGGUCGAACUUGCAAAGCACCAUGUGCUGAAGAACGAUGUCCUGGCCCACCAAGCAACUGUGGAGACAGUGAACAAAGCAGGGAACGAGCUGCUGGAGUCAAGUGCAGGGGACGACGCCAGCAGCCUGCGGAACCGCCUGGAGAAGCUGAAUUCCUGCUGGGAAUCAGUGCUGCAGAAAACAGAGGAGAGGGAGCAGCAGCUGCAGUCCACGCUCCAGCAGGCUCAGGGUUUCCAUGGUGAGAUUGAAGACUUCCUCCUGUGGCUAACGAGGAUGGAGAGCCAAUUGUCAGCAUCAAAACCCACAGGAGGUCUGCCAGAAACUGCCCGGGAACAGCUCAAUGCCCACAUGGAGCUGUACAGCCAGCUCAAAGCCAAGGAGGAUGUCUACAGCCAGCUGCUGGCCAAGGGGAGGCUGAUGCUGCUCAACCGCGACGACUCCGGCUCCAGCUCGAAGACAGAGCAGAGCGUGGCCCUGCUGGAGCAGAAAUGGUGUCUGGUCAGCACCAAGAUGGAGGAGAGAAAGGCAAAGCUGGAGGAGGCAUUGGCCCUGGCCACAGACUUCCAGAACUCCCUCCAGGAUUUCAUCAACUGGCUGACCCUGGCUGAGCAGAGCCUGAACAUUGCACCACCCCCCAGCCUCAUCCUCGCCGCCGUGCUGGCCCAGAUCGAUGAGCACAAGGUGUUCGCCAACGAGGUGAACGCGCACCGGGAUCGCAUCAUCGAGCUGGAUCAGACUGGGAACCAGCUGAAGUUCCUCAGCCAGAAGCAGGACGUGGUGCUGAUCAAGAACCUGCUGGUCAGCGUCCAGUCCCGCUGGGAGAAGGUGGUGCAGCGCUCAGUGGAGCGGGGACGGGCUCUGGAUGAUGCCAGGAAGAGAGCCAAGCAGUUCCACGAAGCCUGGAAGAAGCUGAUUGAUUGGCUGGAGGAUGCAGAGAAUCACCUGGACUCAGAGCUGGAGAUCUCCAAUGAUCCUGACAAAAUCAAGCUCCAGCUCUCCAAACACAAGGAGUUCCAGAAGACUCUGGGUGGGAAACAGCCUGUGUAUGACACCACCAUCAGGACAGGCAGAGCCCUCAAAGAAAAAGCCUUGCUUCCAGAUGACACUCAAAAGCUGGACAAUUUGCUGGGAGAAGUCCGGGAUAAGUGGGACACCGUGUGUGGAAAAUCCGUGGAAAGGCAGCACAAGCUGGAGGAGGCCCUUCUGUUCUCUGGGCAGUUCAUGGAUGCGCUGCAGGCUCUGGUGGACUGGCUCUACAAGGUGGAACCCCAGUUAGCUGAGGACCAGCCUGUCCACGGCGACCUGGAUCUGGUCAUGAACCUGAUGGAUGCUCACAAGGUGUUCCAGAAGGAGCUGGGGAAGCGCACGGGGACGGUGCAGGUGCUGAAGCGCUCGGGCCGGGAGCUCAUCGACAACAGCCGGGACGACACCACCUGGGUGAAGGUGCAGCUGCAGGAGCUGAGCAACCGCUGGGACACGGUGUGCAAGCUGUCUGUGUCCAAGCAAACCCGCCUGGAACAGGCCCUCAAGCAGGCUGAGGAGUUCAGGACAGCCGUGCACAUGCUGCUGGAGUGGCUCUCGGAAGCAGAGCAGUCCCUGCGUUUUCGGGGAGCGCUGCCCGACGACGCCGAGGCCCUGCAGGCCCUCAUCGAUGCCCACAAGGAGUUCAUGAAGAAGGUGGAGGAGAAGAGGGUGGACGUGAAUGCGGCCGUGGGGAUGGGCGAGGUCAUCCUGGGCGCCUGCCACCCCGACUGCAUCACCACCAUCAAGCACUGGAUCACCAUCAUCCGAGCCAGGUUCGAGGAGGUUCUGACGUGGGCAAAGCAGCACCAGCAGAGGCUGGAGUCAGCCCUUUCCGAGCUGGUGGCCAAUGCAGAGCUUCUGGAGGAGCUCCUGGCGUGGAUCCAGUGGGCUGAGACCACCCUGAUCCAGCGGGACCAGGACCCCAUGCCCCAGAAUAUUGAUCAGGUCAAAGCGCUCAUCUCCGAGCACCAGUCCUUUAUGGAGGAGAUGACACGGAAACAGCCGGACGUGGACCGAGUGACGAAAACUUACAAAAGGAAAGCAACUGAGCCUCCCCACGGGCCCUUCAUCGACAAAUCCCGCAGCAACAGGAAAUGCCUGGGGCAGGCUGCUCCCCCCAGCAUGCCCAUUAUCUCCCAGUCAGAAACGAAGAAUCCCAGGAUAAACCAGCUCUCAGCACGCUGGCAGCAGGUCUGGCUGCUGGCCCUGGAGAGGCAGAGGAAGCUCAACGAUGCCCUGGACAGGCUGGAGGAGUUGAAGGAGUUUGCAAACUUCGACUUCGACGUCUGGAGGAAGAAGUACAUGCGCUGGAUGAACCACAAGAAAUCCCGGGUGAUGGAUUUCUUCCGGCGCAUCGACAAGGACCAGGACGGGAAAAUCACGCGGCAGGAAUUCAUCGACGGCAUCCUGGCUUCCAAAUUCCCCACCACCAAGCUGGAGAUGACGGCGGUGGCCGAUAUCUUUGACCGCGACGGUGACGGCUACAUCGACUACUACGAGUUUGUGGCUGCCCUCCAUCCCAACAAGGAUGCCUACAGACCCACCACUGAUGCUGACAAGAUCGAGGACGAGGUCACCAGGCAAGUGGCCCAGUGCAAGUGUGCCAAGAGGUUCCAGGUGGAGCAGAUCGGCGAGAACAAAUACAGGUUCUUCCUCGGCAAUCAGUUCGGCGAUUCCCAGCAGCUGCGGCUGGUCCGUAUCCUGAGGAGCACGGUCAUGGUCCGUGUGGGUGGAGGCUGGAUGGCCCUGGAUGAGUUUCUAGUGAAGAAUGACCCGUGCAGAGCACGAGGCCGGACCAACCUGGAGCUGCGGGAGAAGUUCAUCCUGCCGGAAGGAGCCUCGCAGGGAAUGACCCCGUUCCGCUCGCGGGGCCGCAGGUCCAAACCCUCGUCCCGAGCGGCCUCCCCGACCCGCUCCAGCUCCAGCGCCAGCCAGAGCAACCACAGCUGCGCCUCCAUGCCCUCCUCUCCAGCCACCCCCGCCAGCGGAGCCAAGACUCCACAUCACUUCUCUCGAUGUUAUGACAAACCCUGGUUGAUAAACAGUAAAGCGGGCACCCCCCUGAGGGGAAUCGAUUAUUCCGACUUCCAGCUCCCGAGCGCCGAGGUGACCCCCUCGGCUGGCAGCAAGCUGAAGCGCCCCACCUUCCACUCCAGCCGGACCUCGCUGGCUGGGGACACCAGUAACAGCUCCUCACCCGUCUCAACAGGUGCCAAAACCACUCGGGCAGACCCCAAGAAAGCCGCCAGCCGUCCCACGAGCCGCGCCGGGAGCCGCACGGGGAGCCGGGCCAGCAGCCGGCGGGGCAGCGACGCCUCGGACUUCGACCUGCUGGAGACCCAGUCGGCCUGCUCGGACACCUCGGAGAGCAGCGCGGCCGGCGGGCAGGGCUCGCGCCGCGGCGCCGCCGCCAAACCCUCCAAAAUCCCCACCAUGUCCAAGAAAACGCCCGCCGCCACCCCAAAAACUCCGGGCCCUAAGAGAUAAUACUGUACCUUGAUGGGAGAGAGGAAGGAAAAACUAGGAAACGACAACAAACGACAGCGAUGACAAAAAAAACAACAAAAAAAAAAGCACCCGACCUGUGUCCAGUUUUUAACCCUGCUCCGUACAUUGGAUGUAUAUUUAUUCUAAAUGGGAGAAACUAUAUUGUUAAAAGUGUAAAAGAAAAGUUGUGUUAUGAAGCUGCCUUAUUUGGGUUUUUUUUUGUUUUGGUUUUUUGGGUUUUUUUUUUUCUUUUUUGUAAGUUACUAUUUUCAUGUGAAUAUUUAUGUAGAUAAAAAAAAAAAAUUGCCUCUCGGUGACCCCUGUUUAGAGAGGGGCCUGGAAAACUGAAAUGUGGGAGAGAAAGAAAAAAAAAAUCAAGAAAAAGAUUUUAAAAAAAAAAAAAAGGAAGCAAAAAAAAAAAAAAGGUCAAGAUGUGAAAGUGUAAAGAAAAACUAAAAUAUAAAUAGGAUUUCUGCGCGGUGCAGGGUGUGAACCUGCUUUAUCUUUUAGGAUUGUUUCCUAAAUGCAUCUUUAUAAACUUAACUUGCUGUCUCAGCAAGGUAAAUUAUAUUUAAAAGCAAAGACCUGAAUCCUGCAGUGUUCAAGGAACUCUCUUUUUGUAAAUCACAGAUACCUCAACCAGAGAAACAUGAGGUGAGGGGACUUGGGGCUUAUGUUUCCAUUUUUUUUAAAGCUACGUGGUUUUAUCUGAAGAAAGCGGAGUUUGACUUUAAUAAAAUUUGCACACACUACA